CAGGUGCCGGCUUGGAGGAGGAGGAGAGUUGGAAGGAAGGGUUGGACUGGAGAACGAGGCGAGGAGGGCGCGAGCGCGGCUCGCUCAGGCUGCGCGCAUCUUGCGUGGUGGAGAAGCGGGCGCGCAUUACCUCCCAGGCGCAGAGGGUUGAGGAGGCUUCCCUUCAGGGAGAGACCCCUCGCGAGCAGCUCAGCGCCGGCAGGUGCUCGGCGCUCCCUUGCCAGGAGAGGCUGCCUUGGCUGCGCCUUGCAGGUGCUCUUGAACAAUGGACAUUGACUCUUCAUCUGGAGCUCAUUUAUCCUGGUGACUGUGGGACCAUGUCUACUCUCCACUAUCUAUAGAUGGACAAGAACCCUCGCAGCAGUUCAUCCACUUUGAUGGUCUCCUUUGCACCCCAGCCACUGUGGUGUGUAUUGUCAAGCAACAUGCCCCUGUGGUUGUCUGUGAGGACUGUCCAGCGUCAGGGAAUGAGCUCUUCGGGCUGCAAGCAGGGAUAAAUUGGAAGAGUUUCUUUCUGGCAUACUAGCUCCCCCAUGUGCAAAGACCUCCAUCCCACCGUACUACAAAAGUUGCAAUUCCACGCAUGUGGAUUAUGGGUGUAGGAUGCUGGCUCCGGUGCGGCUAGGACUGCCCACAUGACCUUUGCCACCAUCAUGCUGUGCCCCUGGCGUGGGAAGCUGAAGCUGCUACUUGCCACAGUGACCCUGGUCUUCCUCAUCUCAUGGCUCUACCUCUUUAUGGGUAAUCUGGAGUAUGGAUGCUCCUUCCUGCUGCCGCCUUGCUUUGGGGAACAGUCAAGCCGAUACCUUAACCACGAGGCCUUGGUGUCCCAAGUACAGAAAGUGGAAGAGGAAAACCAGCUGUUGAGGAUGCAACUCAGCCAGUCUCAGAUGCAGGACGAGGCUGUGGAUGGGACGGACAGCAGCCAGCAGGGAGCGCAGAUCAUAGAGGACCAGGAUGGAAGGGACAACAGCACCGGCUGCCUCAAGCAGAGAAUGGUUCAGAAGUGCGAGCUUCUCCAUGUUGCAAUUGUCUGUGCUGGAUACAAUGCAAGUCGGGAUGUUGUCACCCUGGUGAAAUCCAUCCUCUUCCACAGGAAGAACCCUCUUCACUUCCAUCUCAUCACUGACUCUGUGGCCCAAAAGAUCCUGCAGAUGUUGUUCGAGUCCUGGAUGGUGCCCUCUGUUCAUGUUAGCUUCUACAAUGCUGAUGACCUGAAGCCAGACAUCUCUUGGAUCCCCAACAAGCACUACUCUGGAAUCUAUGGGCUGAUGAAAUUGACGCUCACAAAGGCUCUCCCCUCUGAUCUCUCCAAGGUCAUUGUCCUGGACACAGACAUCACCUUUGCUACUGACAUUGCUGAACUGUGGGCCAUCUUUGGGAAGUUCUCAGACAAACAGGUGAUUGGGCUGGUGGAAAACCAAAGUGACUGGUACCUAGGGAAUCUCUGGAAGAACCAUAAACCAUGGCCAGCACUGGGACGUGGCUUCAACACAGGAGUGAUCCUCUUGCUGCUGGAGCGCCUACGCCGAAUCGGCUGGGAGCAGAUGUGGCGCCUGACAGCCGAGCGGGAGCUCAUGAGCAUGCUGUCCACCUCGCUGGCCGACCAGGACAUUUUUAAUGCAGUGAUCAAACAGAGCCCAACGCUGGUAUACCAACUCCCUUGUUUCUGGAACGUGCAGCUCUCUGAUCACACCCGCGCAGAGCAGUGCUACACAGAGGUGUCUGAUCUUAAGGUGAUCCACUGGAACUCUCCCAAGAAGCUGCGGGUGAAGAAUAAGCACGUGGAGUUCUUCCGGAACCUUUACUUGACCUUCCUCGAGUAUGAUGGCAACCUGCUACGCAGGGAGCUUUUUGGCUGUGCCAGCCUCCCCAGCUUGCCCAGUGGCCAGCUCCAGCAGGCCCUAGAGGAGCUGGAUGAAGAUGAUCCUUGCUAUGAUUUUCGGAGACAGAGCCUUAUUCAGCACCGGGUGCAUCUCUUCUUCCUGCAGUACGAUUUCCCGAUCUUGGCUGAUGCAAUUGAUGUCACUCUUGUAGCUCAGCUCUCCAUGGACAGGUUACAGAUGCUGGAGGCCAUAUGCAAACACUGGACAGGCCCCAUUAGUCUGGCGUUAUAUAUGUCAGAUGCAGAGGCCCAGCAAUUCCUGCGCUAUGCCCAGGCCUCGGAAGUGCUGAGUAACCGCAGGAACGUUGCCUAUCACAUUGUGUACAAGGAAGGGCAGUUUUACCCUGUCAACUUCUUGCGCAACGUAGCAUUGAAGAAUGCACAGACAUCUUAUGUUUUCCUGACGGACAUUGACUUCCUGCCUAUGUAUGGCCUCUAUGAUUAUCUCAGGACCUCCAUUUUGCAGCUUGAGCUGCCCCAAAGGAAGGCAGCCCUCAUUGUGCCUGCAUUUGAGACUCUGCAUUACCGCCUCACCUUUCCCAAAUCCAAAGCGGAGCUGCUCUCCAUGCUGGACAUGGGCUCCCUCUAUACCUUCAGGUACCAUGUGUGGCCUCAGGGCCAUGCCCCAACGGACUAUGCCAAGUGGCGGACAGCCACGGUGCCCUAUCGCGUGGAGUGGCAGCUGCACUUUGAGCCUUACGUUGUAGUGAGGCGCGACUGCCCCCUGUACGACCAGAGAUUUGUCGGUUUCGGCUGGAACAAGGUGUCUCACAUCAUGGAGCUUGACGCCCAGGAGAAUGAGCUGCUGGUCUUGCCCAAUGCCUUCAUGAUCCAUAUGCCUCACGCACCCAGUUUUGACAUCUCCAAGUUCCGCCUGAGCUCCACUUACCGCGACUGCCUGGAGACCCUGCGGGAGGAGUUCCACCAGGACCUGUCGCGCAAGUACGGCGCCGCUGCACUCAAAUACCUCACUGCCGAGAGAAGCCUGUGAACGGCAAGACACACACCAAAGGACAGUCCGUGCAAGGCAACUCCUGCCCUGCAGAGGAGGGACAGCGGACCACGCUCUUGUCCUGGAGCAGUUCAGACCUACGGCAGAGCCACUCUCCCAAUGGUAGCCGGGUGCUACACACUUUGUCUAAGUUGUGGGUACAAUUGCAGCCGGUUGGGGUGGGGCAGGUGGCAUAUCAUUCAGGGCUAUGGAGCCAAUCAAAACAAUGCUCCCAAUCUAAAUCAGGCAAGUUACAUACAUUUGUGUACAUCUGUUUCCAAAUUGAGGGGGAAAGCAUGGGAAUGAAGAGGAGGGAAGGUGUGCUCCUGGAGAGCCACUUCCUGUUGGUGUAGACAGUAAUGAGGACAGACCAGUAGCCUGACUCUAAAGCAACUUCCUCUGUUGCUGUUUUGAAGGUGGGCCUUUCCCACCCCACGAGCCUGAUGCCUUAAUUCAGCUACAGUCACCUGUUUCCUGUGGUAGAAAGGUAGACUAGACGUGGAAAUUGAGACUUCUACUAAUGUGUUGUGUCCCUCUAUCAGUGUAGUAGCCCCAUCUUAUUUCCAGCUCUUUCAUUUGUCCCCUCUAAGCCAAAUAGGACAAUUAUGACUAAAUCAUAUAAAGUGAGCGUCUAGAAAAUCUUAUGUGAGCUAUUCCUAUAUAUGUGGCAAGAGGGACUGUAUGCAUAUACGGGCAACUCAAUUUGUGCAUGGGUUGUAUGUCAGGGUACUGUGCAUGUUGGUGGAGCAUGCAUAAGCCCACCCGACCCUGUAACACCAUCUUGCAGGUCCAAAACCAGCGUAUGUGUGCACAGUUGCACAUUCUUUGAACCCAUGCAAAACAGGAGUUGCCUGAACCCUUUUACAAAUCUGCAUAGCCUUCCUGUUGGUCAUGGAUCAGGGCUUUACUGAUGGGAAAAGGAUGAUGUGGGACCUACUGUGAAAGUUUAAAGUGGGGAGCCUGAGGCCUAGGGGCUGCAUGUGACCCUGCUUAUCUCUAUGGGUGCAGCCUUUCCUUUCCUUUUUAUAAUGUGUCUGUAGAGAAGCCCUGCACUGGAAUAGAAAAUAUUUUAGCACAGUGUUUCCCAUAGCACACACACAACUACACAAGGCAGAAGAGUCACAACUGUUGCUUCACCCACAUUCUGCCUUCGGUGCUAUUGACCACCACCACAUGGCUUCUGGGAAAUUGCCCACCAAGAAAUGUGGCUGUCAGGGGUAGUGGUAAGGAACAUUCUCUUCAAUCUGCCUUGUGCCUACUUCAUGGAUAACUUUACUAUCUAGAAAAAAGCCUAGUGUAAGGAAAGCCAGGUCCUUGUUACAGGGGCUAUAUAGCGCACAUGCUUUGCUGUGAGUACAUGGCUGAAACCAAGAUCCCUUUAGUCCAAACGAACUUCUUUCCAACAGGAUUCAGGUGAGAGUCCUUGAAAAUGUGUAAGCAGGGCAUUUUGGAAAAAGCCCAAACCCUGCUUGCCUAUUCGCCCCCCACCCCCACAUCUAAAAUGCGGGUGCAGUUCAUCUCACCAGAGCUAAAUAGAACCUCUUAUCAUGGCUACUACUCAGUAAAUCUUGUUUAGCUUGAUGUUGCACAUCAUUGCCAAACAUACUUUCCCCCUCCCAUGGAGGAACGCAAGUCUUGCCCUUCCUAUAUCUGCUGGACUAUGGCCUUGAUCAGCUGCUUUCCUGAGUAAUAUCAGCUCAAACUGUGUGUUUGUAUGAUCAGGACCAAGGACUGCAUAAUUGGGCCUUGUGCAGGAGUCCAUAAUGGAAUCGGAUUGUCUUCAGUCUAGAUGCAGUUAAGUGUCACAGCUGAUUACAGAUUAAGUCUGUGCAACCAUGGAAGUAGGCAAGUCAUUGCAUGCAGGCUUCCGUCCUGAUAGCUGCUUGGUGAACCUGAUGCUUAAGGGACUAAUUCCACUUCUUGAAGAAAGGAACACAUGAGCAUAUUGCUGUAUCUGCAACUGACGUAGGGUCUGUUAAUGUAUGCUGUAGCUGAAUGUCUGUGCUGGGAGCAGCUUCAGCCCAGCCAUGGUCCACAAUUAUCAAACACUGGAGCACAAGGAUGGAGAUGUAAUGGGAAAACUCUUUCCUUGCUGUUUAUAUAAUUUAAGGUGAUUUCUCACAAGCUGUAAAUGAUUUGGGUGUCAUAGAUUUUGGUAGUUUCUCUCUUUGGUUCUGGAGUCUGUCUAGGGUCUUCUGCUGCUGGACUCUUUGAUUUUUCCUUUGAUUUCAUGGAAUUCAAGAGCUUCCAAAGUGCUGGGAUUAAAGUUUUCCAUCCCUCUAGACAGGCUGAUGUAAACGCCGAAACUGUCCCACACUGAGCACUGUACAGCAUGGGCACAAGUAUUCCUUUUUAAAAAACAUUAAAGUUUUGAGGAAAAUCCUUUUCAAGCUGCUGUGAGAGUUGUUUGGUUAUUAUGUCCACAUAGUAUUAAUGCGUUCCUCAUUUCUACUAGUCAUGAAAAUGAGGAACAGGGGAGAGAACAAACUAGAGAAACAAUUCCUUCAGGGAACUCUUGGCUACAACCCACAAAUCUGCCAGGGACUGGAAAGUAUUCUGCAUGGUAUCCAACUUUCUUUUACUCGAAGUAGAUCCACUGAAAUUAGUGGGCCUUAGUCAGGUUAAUUAGUCAUUAUUUCCAACAGGUCUACUUUCUGAGUAAAACUUAGUUACCACCCACUUAGCACAAUCCAUACAGGAAGCUAUUCCCAGAAGUUGAAGCACACUUGACUUACUCUACAGCCCUUAUAGGACCAAGCUGUCAGUGAUUGCAGUAGACUUUGCCAAGUUCAGGUCAUUGCCAACUCUCCUUGCAGGUCCAGGGAGCUUUAAAUUCUGUAAAGAAGGGAAACUGAAGCCCAGACUCUUUAUCAUUAUAAAACUUUGUAUUUUUUUUUUCUACAGGCCAAGAAAUAAUAAGUAUAGGAGAGGUUCAGCUUUGCAGGUGUGCUGUAAAGGUCCCCUACCUGCUUUUAUGGCUGAUCAGCUGUGAUAUCAUAGACAUUGCAAACCUCUAACUGCUCGGAAGAACAGCCUCAAAGUGUAGAAUGAGGAGGACUGGAGGGAAGCAUAAGGUCAGCACAGCUGGGAAAAGACCUCAUUGCAUUGGAGGAUUUUGAAAAUGGGAGAAAGGAGCUCAAUAUAGCAUAGCAGAGCACUAAAUGGACAAAAGGCUCUUCCCUAUACUAUAAGCAUGCGAUGGUGAAGAAAACUGUUGCAAUGGGGCCCCAGGGGAAAAGGCCAAGUGAGGAGAAUUGAAAGGAUGGGAGAGAGGAGCUGAAACGCAGCUCUGAGUGUUCUCUAUUUAUAUGGGGCCUACACUAGAAAUACAAGACAGAAUUAGGCCUUGGGCUAGCCUUAGUUUCAUUCAAUUAUGUAUUCUUAGCUCCCUGGCAGUACCCCUGCCAUGAUUGGCAAGCAGCCGCCUUUCCAAAUCCUGGAAGUGCCAAUAUUGAUCUGCCUGCAGUGUCUGCACCUUUAGGGUGUGGCACAACAUACCUGUUUGCAGUUAAACCUUCAGCUUUGAUGGGAGAAGCUGCAUUUCUCUUCGUUUGCAGCUUCAGUGUGGAUAAAGCAAAGGGUGAUCAGCACACAUGAACACAGCUGCAUGAUAAACAACUAGAGACAAUAGAUUUCAUAGUUUUAUUUAGUAAAAUGUUAAAUAAAUACAAAUUGAUCGUU